UUUUUUUUUGGACAUGUUUUAAAAGUUUUCCUAAAUUCUUGCUGCAGCCCUGAAAAAAAAACACUCCACACUGCCUAUGACAUGCAGCCCAAGUGGCUGACAGACGCACGACUCAUUCAUGGGUGUGUUCAUUCAUUCAUUUAAACGACAACCGGCAACACACACAAGGAAUAAUACAAGUGACACAAAUCCAAGGGGACUGACUGUUACUCCCCCAGAAAGACACACCUUCCUCAGCAGAAGGAGCUGGCUGCAGAGGCUGUGCUUACAAGUCCGCUUCUCUCGAUGUCAGCUGAGGGCGACAGAGGGAGGUGUUCCCCCUUCCCGGUUCUCAAGAUUUUCCUCACUCCACAAUAAACUUUCAUUUUGGAAAGUCGGCACACACACACUCACACUCACACACACUCACACACAAACACACACAUACACACACACACACACACGCACACGCAUACACACUCACACACAUACACAACGGAGUUCCUCAUCUUGUCCAGCAGCGGCUCCCCGGGAAAAGGAAAAGCCGGACUGUUGACUUGACGUUCAUUGUACUUGUUCAAAACGCGCGAAAAGGAGGAAGGAGACACAUCGGAAGCGCACAGGUGGAGCUCUGCGGAGCGUCUUUUUUUUUUUUUUUUUUUUUUUUUUUUUUUAAUUUGGUGUCAUCUUCUGGAGACUUCAGGGACAAGAGGAGACGGGACAAUGACAGAUAGCAGCCUGCUCACUGCCGGCUAACACUGUUUGAAGUGUUGUUGUUGUUGUUGUUUUGUUUUUUUGUGCUUCCUGGCACGUUCACUCCUCAGGGACCACCUGGAAUGGAAAAACUUUAUCACGUACCUCGUCUGGACUGUAGUAAAAACUCCCAAGAAAGAAUGAAGUAACCGCUAUGGAGCCGGACAAUGCCCCGUACUCCAAACUCAAAACCACUGGAGUCGGGGGGAAAGUUCUGAUUCUUUGGACUAUACUCUGUUGCACCUGCUCUCUAAGGCUAACACAGGCACAAGAUGUGGAUGUUCUGCAGCAGCUCGGGCUUUCUGGGCGAAGGGCAGAUGGGUCUUCAAUAUCAGGCGCUCGAUCCAUCCCUAAUGGUGUCAUCCCGUUCAAGUCUGGAUUCAUCCUCACCCCGAGGGCACGUAUCCAGGUGCCUUUACGCACCGUUAUCCCUGCCACCUACAACUCCACCAAUAUCUCCCUGAUCCUCAGCCUUACUGUUCAUCGCAUCAACAGUGCUUUUCUUUUCUCAGUUCUGUCUAAGAAAAGGAAAGUGCAGCUCGGAGUGCAGUUCGUACCAGGCAAGGUCCUGGUGCACGUGGGGCACAGGAGCUCUGUGAGUUUUGACUAUGAUGUCCACGAUGGCCAGUGGCACAGUCUGGCCUUGGAUAUCCAAGGCCACCAGGUGUUCUUCCACACGUCCUGUGGACAGAAAAGUGUACAUGCAGAUUUGCAUUCUAAAAGACAGGAGGCUCUGGACGCAGAGGGCUCAUUCCUGCUGGGCAAAAUGAACCACAACUCUGUACCAUUUGAAGGUGCCAUCUGUCAGUUUGACAUUUAUCCCUCUGCUAAGGCAGCUCAUAAUUAUUGUGAUUACAUUAAGAAACAAUGCAGAGAAGCCGACACGUAUCGGCCCAUGUUUCCACCCCUGCUACCUCUAUUUCCCAUGGACCCAAACAUUACUGUCACUCAAAUAACUCCAUUGUCUUUGACGGAGAUAUCAGAAAAGGCCCAGAGACCUACUUUGGCCUUGACUGAUGAUAGCUUCAGGACUACCAUCCUUGUUCCAGCUGACCGCUCGCCAGUGUUGAACAAAACAUCUGUGUAUCAGACCGAGAGUGCUCCAAAACCUGAUGCUGUGUCUGUUUCUCCACCUGUUCAUCCAGGGUUGGAAAGUCCAUUUGAAUUUCCAACUCAGACUGCUACUACAUCUCUUAGGAUCAGCGUGACACCACCAAACCCCAAACCAACCUCACAUGACAGUGCCAGAAAGAACACAUUCCAAGGAGAUACUCAUAAUUCUCAGAAACCUUUUGUCGAAAGUAUGGAUUUACCUUCUUCCACCAGACCAUCCGAGAUGAAGCCAAACCUCCAUGCCGCAGCUGCUGUCACACAGGGGUUGCCUUCAAACGCCUACGUUCCCCAUAAACAGCAGUUGAGCACAGUAGCUUCAAAGAAACCUGAGCCAAAAGUGACCAGUGUGCAGGAUGUUAAACCCACCUCGCUUAUUCCAGUCACUCCAGCUGCAACAGAUGGCUUCCAAACAUUUGACCUGGAACCGACCCAGUUCUCACUGCUGGCUGGACCACCUGGACUAAAGGGAGAACCAGGACCGCCGGGCCCUCAAGGACUUCCAGGGUUACCAGGAAAGCCUGGAAAGAGGGGCCCAAGGGGUCCUCCCGGCCCACAUGGAAACCCUGGUCGUCCUGGAUCUCCUGGAGUGAAGGGACAAAAAGGAGAUCAUGGAUUGUCCCCUGGUCAUGCCCCAAAAGGACAGAAGGGAGAGCCUGGUGUCAUUGGCCCCCCUGGACGACCUGGUCAAGAUGGACGAAAGGGACAAAAAGGUCAUCCCGGUCCUUCUGGCCUCCCAGGUGAACCUGGUGAGAGGGGAGAUGAUGGAAGCCCUGGGGCCAAAGGCUAUCCUGGCAGGCAGGGUUUACCUGGGCCUGUAGGGAAAAUGGGACCAAAAGGCAUCAGGGGUCACAUUGGCCUCCCUGGGCUUUUUGGCUUUCCCGGUCCUGAUGGCGAGAGAGGAAUUCCUGGCGUUCAUGGGAAGAAGGGCAAGAUGGGUAGGCCGGGGUUUCCUGGUGACUUUGGAGAGAGGGGACCUCCUGGCCCUGAUGGGAACCCAGGUGAACUAGGAGCUCCUGGCCCAUUUGGAGUCCCUGGUCUUAUUGGAGACAUGGGCCCUGUUGGCUUUAUAGGCUUGACAGGACCACCAGGACUCAAGGGAGUGCCUGGAAACCCGGGGGAGCCAGGACUGAAAGGUGAUAAGGGGGACUUUGGCAUAUCAGGAGAGCCAGGGGAGUGUGGAUACCAAGGUGACAAGGGCAACCGUGGCUCACCUGGGUUGCCAGGUCCUCGUGGAAAUCCUGGACCGCAGGGCAAACCUGGUGAAAAGGGCCCUGAUGGUUUACCUGGCCCUCCUGGCCUCGAGGGCUUUCCAGGUGACAUUGGCCCACCGGGAGAAAAUGGCCCUGAGGGACCCAAGGGAAAGCAAGGGAUACGAGGUUUGCCAGGUCCAAGAGGAAUACCAGGACUUCAGGGUGAUGAGGGACCAGUUGGCCCAGCUGGACCCGCUGGACUCGAGGGCAGGCCUGGGAGGCAGGGAUUCCCUGGACUGACAGGUCCAGAUGGACUCAAGGGCGAGACUGGGAUAACUGGCGAGGUCGGAAAGCUUGGCGAGAGGGGACUGCCUGGAUUUGCUGGGCCUGCCGGAGAAACGGGAAUUGCCGGAGAAAAGGGGGAUCGAGGGAAAACAGGUGCCCCUGGGCCGCAAGGUGAAUUGGGGCCGAUGGGUCACACUGGAAUACCUGGAGUGACUGGACCACCUGGACCCCAAGGGAUACCAGGACCUCCUGGUUCACGGGGAGCCAUCGGUAUUAGAGGACCUAAAGGCAUGAUGGGUCUGAGGGGUCCUGAUGGUCCAGUGGGGGAGAAAGGGUCCACUGGAGUAAAGGGCCCUGAUGGUCCACCAGGAAAAUUGGGUCUCCCCGGAGAGGUGGGGAAGUUUGGAGAGCCAGGCGAAGCUGGGCCUCAGGGAUUUCCAGGUAUUCAAGGACCCUCGGGACCUCCAGGAGCCAAAGGAAUAGCAGGAGAACCAGGACCAGCAGGGCCACCAGGAACGAUUGGGCCACUGGGGGAGAUGGGGCUGAAGGGGCCACCAGGCAAGGCUGGGGACAGAGGACUACCUGGUGAACCUGGAGAGAAGGGUGCCACUGGUCUUCUUGGCAACAUCGGGGAGCAGGGUUUGCUUGGCCAGAGAGGUGAGCCAGGCAUUGAUGGGGAAGCUGGAACAAGUGGACCUGAUGGAGCCAAGGGUGAUAAAGGGGAUGCUGGUCCGGAAGGCACUACAGGAGACAGGGGUGAAAUUGGUCUGAAAGGAAAGGAAGGACCUCCAGGGCCUCCUGGACUGGUGGGUGUAAGGGGUCCGGAGGGUAAACCUGGCAAAAUUGGUGAAAGAGGAAAGCAAGGAGAAAAGGGGAGCAAGGGUCACCAAGGUCACCUGGGUGAGACUGGGCCAACUGGAGAGCAGGGAGAGAUAGGGUUUGUCGGGCAGAAGGGAGCGAGAGGAACCACCGGGCCAGUGGGUGCUCCGGGGAGAAUGGGCCAACAAGGAGAUCCAGGCUUAUCCGGUUACGAGGGUCACAUGGGACCGCAGGGCCCCCUGGGUCCUCCAGGGCCAAAAGGUGAAAAGGGUGAACAGGGAGAUGACAGCAAGGCAGACGGUCCUACAGGUCCUCAAGGUGACAGAGGUCCUCCUGGAGACCGAGGAGACAGAGGAGAGCCAGGUGACCCUGGACAUCUUGGUCAAAUAGGUUUUGAUGGAAAGAGAGGUGAAGCUGGUGCCCCAGGGCUUCCUGGAGAUCCUGGGCCAAAGGGACAACCAGGACCGAAAGGAUCCAAAGGUGAUCAAGGUCAGGGAGGAAAAUCAGGGCUGAGAGGCACAUCUGGGACCAAAGGACCACCAGGUCCAGAGGGUCCUCCUGGCCCACGGGGGGUUGUGGGCAGGGAGGGACUGGAGGGCCCACCUGGCAUGGAUGGACUGCCUGGCAAAGAUGGAACUAAAGGGGUCAAGGGGGAGCAAGGAGAGGAUGGAGGAGAGGGUUUAAUUGGCAGACCUGGGCAACAGGGCAACACUGGUGUGACCGGGCUUCCAGGAAGUCAAGGCUCCUUCGGACCAAAGGGUGAGAGGGGUCUUCCCGGCCAAACUGGUGCACAAGGAAAAAAAGGCUCAGUUGGCGGAAUGGGAUUGCCAGGAAAACAAGGAGACCCCGGACCCAAAGGCCAACCAGGGGAUACUGGUGAACAAGGAUUUUCAGGGAUGUUUGGUCUGUUUGGACCGAAGGGACCCCCAGGAGACGUUGGCCCAGCAGGGAUACAGGGACCAAAAGGACCGCGAGGUUUGAUGGGUAUGGAGGGAGCUUUGGGCCCCGUUGGCAUCAUCGGCCCCAGCGGUCAUCCUGGACCCCAGGGUGACAAAGGAAGUCGUGGGGAGACGGGGCUACAAGGACCAAGGGGCUCUCCUGGCCCCCAUGGACCACCUGGACCACCAGGUCUCACCACACCUGCCCUCUCACUUACAAAUGAGGCUCUUGGUGCUGCCUUUCAAGUCAUUACCGAUUCCCAUGCUGCACUAAGGCCAGAGAGGAUGGACAUGCCCAUGUUGGACCAGGGCACAGAGAUCCUCAAGACCUUGCAGCAUCUCAGCACUCUGAUCCAGAGCCUCAAGAACCCGCUGGGAACCCGCGACAACCCUGCACGAAUCUGCCGAGACCUCUACAACUGUGAACAGAGGAUGUACGAUGGCACUUACUGGAUCGACCCAAACCUCGGCUGUGCUGCUGACACUAUUGAGGUGACGUGCAACUUCACCAGUGGAGGACAGACUUGCCUGAAACCUAUCACCGUAUCCAAGCUGGAGAUAGGAGUGGGUCGCAUCCAGAUGAACUUCAUCCACCUAUUGAGCACCGAGGCGGUGCAGCACAUCACCGUACACUGCCUCAACACACCUGUGUGGGCAGCAGGGCCGUCCCUGCAGCCUUCAUACAGGGCUGUGAGCUUCAAAGCCUGGACGGGGGAGAAGAUUCAGGCAGGUGACCUCCUGGAGCCACUCAUACCCAGGGACGACUGCUGGAUCAAAGAUGGCCGCUGGCAUCAGACCCACUUUAUCUUCCAGACCCAGGACCCAAACUUACUCCCCAUUGUGGAUGUGUACAACCUACCAACCACAGAACCCGGUGCACGCUAUCACCUUGAGGUUGGACCCGUGUGCUUCCUAUAGGACCCUGCGGAGGGGCUGGGAAUACUCCUCGAAGGAGUGACUGCAUGGAGGAGUGCGGACGGGAGGGAGACUAAUGCUUCUGUGGUUUCCAGAUCGACAGACCCUGGCCCUCAAUUUUCCCGCCACAAAAUAUGCUUGGACUGCAGAAACAGGAGGGGGCACCAGAGUGAGAAGGCCCGUUGAAAAUGCAGAGACGUCUAGCACUAAUCAGCCUAUGGAAAACAAUAAGCUUCUUUUUUCAGAGACUUGUUUGUGUGACACAAGACCUGAAGGCCGCUUUGGAAAGAAAGUAAUAUGAACGUCUACUUCUGUCAUCUCUCGGACCAUGCUGUAUCAUAUUUUCUUCACGGUCUGAUAACUAAAAGUUAGUUUUUUGUUUUUUUUAUUUUCUUUUUCAAGAGGUCUGUACAGAAACAUGGAGCAGUUACAUCUGCAAAUGCAAUAAUUCCUAUUUUAAUGUUUAAGUAUUAUUUAUACAUGUAUAUGUACUGUAUAUUGUAAUAUAAAGUGCAAUAGUUAUUGUUUCACAGCCUUUAGGCAUAUACAGUAUCAACAUCAUAUCACUCAUUCAGGUAUACGGUGUGCCUCAGACACACAGGCGUACUAUCUCCAGGUAAGUCUUUUUGAGCCUCUGAUCAGUGUCCAGUGCUGAGAGAACCCACGUUUAUUACAGAUGUCUUCACACAAACAACUGCUGUGUGGUACGGUCCAUGCCAGCGUGGAUCGACGCUUUCAACAGUGUGGACUGAGAAAAGUGUGUCAAUAUGCUACCUCGUACCGCACCUCUUGUCUAGCAGCAAGCAAGACGUUACCUGAUAGGAUCUGAGAUGACAGCGAGGUGACACCUGGUGCUGCCACAGUUGACACGCGAAUGAUAACGUCUUGUCAGCUCUCAGCAAAGCUAUGUCCUUGUGAAAAAAAAAAAAGGGAAGAUUGUAAAAAUAUACAGCAGGCCAAAUCCAUUAAAUUAUAUUUUCAAGCUAGUAGUUUAGCGUUUCAAUACUCUUGGUACUAUCUGACACUGAGUCUGAAACUAUAAAUUAAUGAUUUUUUUUUUUUUAUCUCUCAAACUGUAAAUGUAAUUGUGCAACCUUUAUUAUCUACAGUGGAUUCUAUUUAAAUUGUAUUUAAAUUCUGACAAGCUUUCAAGUACAAAACCAGGCAUCAGUCAUGUUUGAUCACUUUCUUUUUUCCCAUUUGGAGCUUUAAAGAUUCUUCAGUCUGUUUGUCUUUAAUUGGAAAAUCAACUGUAUUUUUUGGACAUCUCCAUCCUUUUUACUUCUUCUCUGUAACUGUUCACUCAAAAAGGGGCAGCAAUGAAGGUUGGUCCCGCCAAUCUAAAAAACUCAGAGGAUUUCUUACAAUACACAAUACUAAACCACAAAUGGUACAUGAGCUCACAGUGUUUGGUCUGUACAGACGUUUCAUGCUGCGUGAAUGAAGUCUAGCGACUCAACAGGUAGUUCAAUAAAUGUCUGAAACCUUUGUUGAUAAGCAGCUUUCAUUUUUUUUUCCUCAUCAAAGAAAACUUCAAGCAAAGUGAGAAAAUAAAUGCAUUUAAACUG